AUGGCUCUCGAUGACGACGAAUCCUGCCAAUUGCUGGGCCCUGUAUCGCUGUUUAUCCAGUCUUUAAUGGGACUUAUAGCCAUUGGUGGUGUGUUAGUCAAACGGCGCUACGAAAGACCCAAAAGACGGUGGAGAGUAUGGAGUUUCGACGUUGGGAAGCAGGUUCUUGGAUCGCUGAUCUUGCAUUUCCUCAACGUCGGAAUUAGCAUCUUGAAGCAACAGGGCGAGACCGUGUUAAUUGCGAUGAGCUUGAAGGAACAUCACACAUACAGUGGAGGUGAUGACGAUCCCGGUGGGGACCAAUGUGACUGGUACUUUCUUAAUCUACUGAUGGAUACUACGGUAGGCACUUUGGUACUUUGGAUGUUGCUACGUGUGCUGGAAAACUGGCUCACAUACCUGGGAGUCGAAAACAUCGAGAGUGGUAAUUACUACGCGGAGCCCUUGGGCGAACUGGAUCUGGAAGAGGUAUCCAUUGAGAACCCAGGCGACGGAAACAACGGGCUGGAGCGCUAUGAGCCGCUUUUCAGCGCAUUUGGCAAGCAAUUGAUGAUGUUUGUGUGCGGACUGGCACUGACAAAAAUGUGUGUUUUCCUUAUUUUAACGUAUUUCGAGGUUUUGGCCGUGUGGUUUGCGGAACUGACCCUCAACUGGGCCAAUCCCUGGCCCAACUUUCAGGUCUUCCUCGUUAUGUUCGUGUUCCCGGUGCUUUUGAAUUGCUUUCAGUACUUUUGGGUCGAUAGCAUCAUCAAGUUGCAUCCGAAGACCAUGUCCACCAGCGAGCGGGAGAACUUUGAGGACACUUUUAGUUCCAUAGCGGACGCUACAGGGAACAAGAACAGCUACGGUGCGACUACCUAG